CGCGAACCAAUGGGUUGAACGAACAUGUCUUGUCAGAACGAGCUCUUACGUCAUAUUUCAGCGCCGCGUGCCAUGCAACUCUGGAGGACGUCGAGCAUGGGACACCUUGGAGGUUUAUUUCUUCUGAUGGCCUCUCUAACUUUCUUGCACAGCUGGGCUUCAGGUGCUACAGGUCGCUCUCUGCCCACCUGCCAUGAGAAGCUGGGGUUCACGUGUAGCGAUGGCUUGUGCAUCUCGAGGCAGUCUGUGUGCGAUGGACACACAGACUGUAAGGAUGGAUCAGAUGAACAACACUGUGGUCGGCCGUGGUGUGAGAAAGAUGAAUUCGCCUGCCGCAGCAGACGGUGCGUAUCUUUGCGCUUGCUUUGCGAUGGCGUGGACAACUGUGGCGAUGGGAGUGACGAGGCCUCUUGCCAGAACUGCACCACCUGCGGGCUGUCCGACACCUUCGUGCCUGCAAACAAGCUGUGCGAUGGACGCCUGGACUGCAAAGGCGGGCGGGACAAGUCUCUGGAGCCGCGUGGCUCGACUCUGCCACGUCCGCAGACCUCUUCGCCAUGCGCGUCAUCCGAGUUUCAGUGCAGAAAUGGGCAGUGCGUCCACCAUACCUUUAGGUGUGACCACUCGCCAGACUGCUCUGAUGACAGCGACGAGGACAACUGUGAUCAGAACGAAUGUGAGGUGAAUAACGGAGGCUGCUCUCAUCUGUGUGUGGACCUGCCGAAGGGUUUCCUCUGCAGCUGUCCCGACAACAUGAGGCUGGUCAGGGACAGCCAGUGUGAGGAGGUUGACAUGUGCCUGGAGGGCGACGUGUGCGAUCAGCUGUGUGUCAACACCAACGGCAGCCUCACCUGUGACUGCCGUGAGGACUACAGGAUGAAUGCAGCAACCAGAGAGUGCAAGGCCAAAGGAGAUGAUGCUCAACUGGUUUUCACUUCUUCUGAAGGAGUGCGAUGGACAGGCAUCACUGGCACUCAGUAUGGGGAAACAACUGGACAUUUACCAGGACCGGGCCCAGUGGUGACCUUGGCCUCGAACCGAACGCUGUACUGGGCCUCGCAAGGACGAGGCUCCAUAUACAGGGUAUCCAUGGAUGGAAAGCCACACGAUUUGGUGUUGCUGCUGAAAGUUAGAGGUUCAGUGUCAGGCCUGGCAUUGGACUGGGUCCACCAGCUGCUCUACUGGACCAGCAUGGAGAGUGGUUCUGUCAACGUUGGCCUGCUGGACGGUUCAGCUCAGCGACAUCUCAUCACAGGACUGGACAAACCCUCUGCACUGGCUGUGGAUCCUCUCCAAGGGCUACUCUUCUGGGCUCAGUGUGGCAGCUCUCCAAAGAUUGAGAGGUCUGGCUUGGAUGGUCGAGACAGAAUGGCUCUGGUCACUUAUUCAAUACGCAACCCCGUCGCUCUCUCGCUGGAUAUGCCUCGUCAGCUGCUGUACUGGGUUGACCAGGGAACAAAAAGCAUCUCCAGAGUAAACCUACAUGGCCGUCACCGUAAAACAGUGGUCGAAUCUAACGGUUAUCUGGACCGGCCUUUUGGCCUAGCUGUGUUUGAGGGUUUUGUCUACUGGAGCGAAGAAGUGACGCGUUCCCUCUGCCGAGCCGACAAGCACAACGGCAGAAACCUUCAAGUACUGGUAUCAAACGCCACCUCACCGGGUGACGUGGUCAUCAUGCACCCUGUUCUUCAACCGAAAGGGCCAUCUGUAUGCGGUCAUACAGUCUGCCAGCACAAAUGUGUUGUUGACCUGCUGUCUGAGAGUCCAGAGUUCAGCUGCACUCCUCCAGAACCGGUUCAGAAGAAACCUCAAGAAACGCCAGCCAUUUCUCGCACAGUACCUGCAUCAACUUUAUCCGACCCUUCAUUUGCUGGAAUCCUCUCUCUUAUCGUGUUUUUCAGUGUGCUGCUAGUGGGGAUGGCUCUGUGGUGGUGGAGAGAAGAGUUCAGGCCGUCCAGGUCUCUAACUGAGCAGAGACUCUCCCUCAAAGAGUCCCAGGACCCGCUCAUCAUCCUGGGACCACCUGGUCCACACACUUGUUCUGUCAAGGAAACUCUGUUUAAGCUGGACUUGGAUGGAGAGUGAAGAUGUGACACAGAUGGCCAGCUGACCAGGGUGUCUCCCGGCGCCGCCUCAGCCCCCGCACUGACCUCAUGGCUGACAGGACUACUUCACAACAAACCCAGCUGAUCUGCGUAUCACGUCCCAGCUCCGUCUGGAGAUUUAAGUCACUCCAGAAAUGACUUGGUGGUAAAUAUCUGAAUUCAGUGGCUUUCAAACGGUUAACUUCAGUUUUGAAGUGGAGGUCAAUGUCAAGGAAGUCAAUGGAGGGCUGCGGGCUACAAAAUUCUUUUUGGUGGUUCAUGAUGGUGUUUGUUUGUAUUCACUAUAAAAGCUGAGCGCAGCAGUGAAGAACAGAUGAGCUACCUGUUGUCAAGCAUCGUGCUCAGCAGGCUACCUGUUUGCAAGAAAAUCAGUGGAAAUGAGAUGUAUUUAGAGUUGAAACGUAAGGUGAUUGAUCGCUUAGUCAAUCAACUGUUUUCCUUCUAUUAUGUUCAACUUACAUUGUACAUUUGGGGUUCGGACUGUCGACUAUUUUCACUUUUCCAUAGUAUGACGUAGAUUUUUAUUUUUGGUGCUUACUCGCACUUUCUGUAUCAACUGUAUGAAUACUUAUUUCAAUUCCCCAACCAAUGCUUUUGUUGUAUUAUGGGUGGGUUUUUUUGUUGUCAUCCACUAGGAAUGAUUUAUUUGGCUACACAAGAAAAAUGUGCUCUUCCGCUGGUCUGUUUUUGGCUUUUGGGAUUUUCACACUCUUGCAGCCAGCCUUGAGCCGCUGCUGAUUGAUGAGGUAACUCAUGUGUCAUAUGAGUAUUAUCUGUAUAGGUAUGAGAGCAGUUUCGAUCUUAUCAUCAAACUCUCUGUAAUAAAACAAAUUAUUGUUAUUCCCCAAACUUAACUGGUCUGAAAAAAAGAAAAAAAAGUGUUGAACUUGAAUCAGACAUCAGAUAAGAUUAGAUUAAUAUAGGACUGUAUACGCACACAACUACCCAUAACUUCUAAUAUAGUUUCAAAAGUGAGAUUCGCAUUUAUCUUUAACUGGUCAACCAUAAUUCUAAACAAUAAUAAUUUUUCAAAUAAUUCUCUUAAUUUUGGUAGUACAGUAUUUGAUGUUAUAGGAAUAAGUUACUCAUUUUUGGAAAUUGACUUAUUUGCUGUGUUGGCUCAGAAUUGCAUAAGAUUGAAACCAUUUUUUAUGUUCAUGCAAAACAUGAUGCCUUAACUAGUAGCUAGUUAGCUUAACUUAGCACAAAAGCUUGAAAUGAGGAAAUGGCCCGGAAGGACCUCAAAUUAUACUUGACCCCCUUUAAAACCAUAAUUUGCACUUAGAGUUCUAUACAGAAUAUCAAACAAGAUAGAGCAUGUUAAGUUAUUAGUGAGCCUAAGAUGUGGUAGGCAGGUUUCGGACAGAGCUAAACUAGGUCUUUCUCCCUGUUUCCAGUCUUUAUGAUUAACUACACUAACCAUUUGCAGGCUGUAGCUAUAUUCACCAUACAGACAUGGGUGUAGUAUUGAUUUUCUUGUCAAACUGUCAGAAAGUAUUUCCCAGAAUGUCAAACUCGUCCUUUUAAAGGUGCAGUUUGUAAAAGAGAGGCAGUAGGCCCACUAGUUCCACCGCUAACUUGGCUAAUGGUAGCUGUGACUACUGCCAAUAAAGCAAAUAGUAUAGUGAGCAGCAGUUAGCUAGUUUGGUGAUGUGCUGCACCUGAUAUUUUUGGAGCUACCUUUAUAAUGUGGACAUAUUUUGCAAGUUGCCUCUUUAAACAAAGGUCUGUGUGGGUACUAAUGCUCACAAAAACACGGAGAAAGUGGCUGUAAUACUGUAAUUUAGUUACUGUCAGACAAUCAAAAAGUAUAAUUUUUUUAGUGGCAAGUUUGUGUUUUUUUUGGAUGCCCAUUGAGCACUGGUGCUACACUGGGAACAAAUGUGUUUUGUUUUGGGAAAUGUCUCUGGAAGAUUGGUUUUGCUCUUUAGCACAGACAUGGUUUAGUGUUGGAAUGAAUGUUUGGUUGAUGGAGCUGCCUUGUUUCAAAAUCUGUCAGCGCUAAUUGAGAUAAUUCGACAAAUGUGCUUAAACUGCUGAGUUGUGUGGUUGGUAUUUAUUUUCAUGCAAAGGUUUUAUUUAUUUUUGGGCAACGUUACAGUCACUGUUACACAGUGUGUGCUCCACGCAUAAACUGCUGAUGCUGUACAUGAAUGAAAUAAAGUAUUUUAUGUUUUUUUUCCU